GAAGUAGGGAGCAUAGUAGUUAAUGCUUCCAGCGCGAGACCACCCUUCAUUCGCUACUAGGGAGCGACCCAUACAUUCUGUUUCGUUUUUUAAUCCAGAAGAGUGUGAUAAAUCGUCUCGGCGGGGCAGAUUGAAUACGGAUUUUUCGGUGAAUAAUGUGCGUUGAUUGAUAACGAGCCAGUGAGUAAACGGCAGAGGGAGCUUCCGAGCGUACGAUUAUGGUAGAAUUCCGCACCAAGCUGGUCCAGUAGUGCAGAAAAGCUGGAUUUUCCGAGUCGGGAUCUGCUCCCGAUAGGCAGGGCCUGGCAAGCAAUCAUCAAAAUCCAUCAUCAUUAGGCCAGUGAAGGAAAAAGUGGAAAAGCCAUUCGCCAAAUCGACCCGUCGUCACCGUCGAGAGUGAGAGAGCGGUGAGAUCAAAAGAAGAUUGGUAGUGAGAGUGCACACAGUGAUUUGCGGUGGGCUCGGGUUUGUUCCGCGUAUUACCCUCCCAAUCGGAUCGGAUCGCCGGAGAGUGAGUGUGUGUCAUCAAAUUGUUGAACGAACGAGAGUCGGAGAGAGAGAGGCAGACUGCAAAAUCUCUACGGUUCAAAAGGUGGAUAUUGGAUUUUUAUAUGUGAAGUAAUAUGGAGGAUCUGAAAGAUGGUGAAACAUUUUAGUGAAAUGCAGAGUUAGAAACCAAUUUAUUCGGACGGAAAAGUGCAGUAAAACGACGAUACGCCACGGAAGGACCCGAUUUAGGAUUAGUGAUUGGAGUUGAAGCCUUCUGGGACUAGUGGUGGCAGCCGUGAAGAGUUUGACGAUAUCUGCCCCAAAGAGGAGAUUGUGCGAAAGUCCCAACAAUUGAAAACUGCAGAUAAUCGAUAAAUCGGUGUUGAAUUUUUUUCCUCUCUCUUUCUGUGACUGUGGCACCAGAAUAAAGUGUGUACGGGAAAAGCGGAUCUGUCCGGACGGAAGAAGAACAAGAAGAGGAGAGAAAGUCAGCACCCCUAUUUGUCCAUAAGCUUUUCGUUCGGGAUAGUUUAUUAAUUUGCGAAAAUAUUGCUCGACGGAAAAAGGAGUAAACGAUAGUGUUCAGUAGUUGCGAAACCCUCCCUCUUGUGUCUGCGUCAGAAUGAAUGAGCUGGAAGCGCUUAGACAGGAGGCGGAAACGCUUAAGAAUGCUAUCCGCGAUGCUCGGAAGGCAGCCUGUGAUACUUCGCUGGUUCAGGCGACGAAUAAUCUGGAACCCAUCGGUAGGAUACAGAUGCGAACCAGACGUACCUUGAGGGGUCACUUGGCGAAGAUCUACGCCAUGCACUGGGGUAGUGACUCGCGCAAUUUGGUAUCCGCUUCGCAAGAUGGUAAACUGAUCGUAUGGGACUCGCAUACGACGAACAAGGUUCAUGCAAUCCCGUUGCGUUCGUCCUGGGUCAUGACCUGUGCGUAUGCGCCGUCUGGUAACUUCGUUGCCUGCGGUGGCUUGGACAAUAUUUGUUCGAUCUACAAUCUGAAAACUAGAGAAGGAAAUGUACGAGUAUCACGUGAGCUUCCGGGACAUACUGGAUAUUUGUCCUGUUGUCGGUUUCUAGAUGACAACCAGAUUGUUACCAGUUCUGGUGACAUGUCGUGUGGAUUGUGGGAUAUUGAGACCGGUCAGCAGUGUACAUCGUUCCUGGGGCAUACUGGCGACGUUAUGGCGCUUUCCCUUUCUCCGCAGUGCCGUGUGUUUGUAUCCGGGGCGUGCGACGCCUCGGCCAAAUUGUGGGACAUCCGCGAAGGUCAGUGCAAACAGACCUUCCCUGGACACGAGAGCGAUAUCAACGCCGUUACCUUCUUCCCGAAUGGGCACGCAUUUGCCACCGGUUCGGAUGACGCCACCUGCCGGCUGUUCGACAUCCGUGCCGAUCAGGAAUUGGCCAUGUAUUCGCACGACAACAUCAUCUGCGGUAUCACCUCGGUGGCAUUCUCCAAAUCCGGUCGGCUACUGCUGGCCGGCUACGACGACUUCAACUGCAACGUGUGGGACACGAUGAAGGCGGAACGGGCGGGUAUCCUGGCUGGUCAUGACAAUCGCGUAUCAUGCUUAGGAGUCACCGAGAACGGAAUGGCCGUUGCGACCGGGUCCUGGGAUUCUUUCCUGCGCGUCUGGAACUAAGUGCGUUAGGAUGGAUGAAGGAGACGAACGUAUGCGAGCAGCACUCACACAAAAGCAAACACCCACAACCAUACAUUACAAACUAAAUUAUUUUGAACAGAAAUCAGUCAAACGCAUUUCACGGAAGCAUAAACACAAACUCAUCUCGAGAACUUUAGAGACAAUAUGGUUGGAACCGGAUUCAAAAGAUUAAUUUUAGGCAACAAAAAAGUGCAUUUUUCGGAGAGGUUCUCAAAAUCGAUUUAGUCUGUUAUGUUUUUUUAUAUUCUGUUUCUAGGUUUUUAAAACAAAACAGAGAAGAUUUAGCACAAAACAUUUUACGGUAGAAAGCAAACAUAUGAUUGUUGUGAUAGUUUUCAAAUAUUUACGCGCAAUUAUUUAUUUAUUAACUGUUAGGAGGAAUAGUUUCGGAGCUUUUCCACUCUACUUCUUUUCUGAGAAUGCAUUUUUACAUGAACUAUUGACAAAGAAGCCAAAAACUAUUUUAUUGCUUGCUUUUAAGUCGUAUAUAUACUUUGCAGUUGAGUUUAAAUUUAUCUUAGAGCCAUUCUAUUGUCAAUGUAGGACGAAUAUUAGACUGCCGAGGAAUCUUUUACCCAAACUCCUCCGAAAAAGAGAGAGAUUUUUUAAAAUUAUAUUUUAUUAUGCAGUAGACCACCUCUGGAAUCGGAGAUGGCUGCACGCACAAACUUAGGGAUCAAUGAUGUCAGCUGGUUUUAAUAUGCGCAGAAGAUAGAGGAAAUCGAACACUUGAAAUAGUUCUAAGAAAGAUUUUACUACCACAGCAGUUUAAAGUAAACAAAUUUCAAAAUGCUCGAAAAAUUCAAAUAUUUAGAAAUCAAUCAUAAUGAUGAUUGUAUAACAAAGUGAGAAUAUCAGACAGUGCUGAUUUCGUUACCUUCGAUGAUGUAUCGAUGAUGUGAAAUCAGACUUUGAUGUUAAAUGAAUAAUAAGUUAAAUUUAAAACUUUUAAGAUAUCAAAAUUGUUUCAUCAAAUCAGAUAUGACUUAGCAUCGACCAGUUCAGAAAGCAAACAUCCAAGUCUAUUCAUGAAGCCGAUUUAAACAAAUGCAACAAAGAUUUGGCCGAAAUAAUUUUCAUUUCAAAUACCUCCUAAGCGUUUCUGGUAUGAAUGCAUAAGCACUGACAUCAUUGAUUUUUAUUUUCUUUUAUCAUAUAUUACAUUCGACUAUUGUUUAAGUGGCUGCUUUUCAGCUCUAUUAGAUUUUCUAUUCGAAGCAAGUAUUAUUCCUUCUAUUUGUACACAAAAUAUACAUACAUGUAUGAAACAGUAAUCUAUUUAUACACACAACUUUGUAUUUAUUUAUAUUUAGUCUGUACAAUCAACCUCUAUUGAGCGAGGAAGAACUUCUAUAGAACGAAAGGAAGUUUGCAAAAAAGCGAAAGUGUCAGCCCAAUCCUUCCACUGUGCAAGAGCUCCUAAGGGGCGUUUCUAAACGGAAAUAUUAGCGGUUGCAAUAUUCCUACGCAUGUACUUUGACUUUCCGAGACGAAAAACAUAGGUUUCCUUGGAAUACUGAGCUCCUGCAUUUGGAACGAUUCUCCACAAACGAGCGAUCUUUGCAUUUGGAAAAGUCUACUAUGGUAGACAUGCUCCAGUUGUGACAGGAUAUUCCGUGCCAUCUCGAUUGCUCGGUAUCUACUGUGACAGAUGAAGUAUUUUCCCGAUUUCGGUAUUAAAUGCUCUCCUCAUUCGAAGCCAUAUUAAUUUACAACGUAUUUAUGAUAGUGGUUAUUUAUAAGUGCGAGUUGAAGAAACAUUCGCAUGGUUACCUAAAUAAGGAAGAAAAAAUUAGUUGCGCUAGUCAAUAUUGGGUGACGGCAUUAUUAUUCGCUAUUGUGCAAUUUUGUUAGAACUUGUGCCCAAUACUUAUUUCACGCAGUCGCGAAUGAGUCAACCAAAAUCACACAAAAGGAAAACAAUAGAAGUAUGGUCAUAUAUCAAGAACAGUACGAUGCAAAAAACGGUGAAAUAGAAAUGCCUAUAAACUAAAAAUAAAAUCUUAUACACGUGUAAGAUCAUUUUCGAGGAACAUUAAUCAUGAUCAGAAACGGUUGAACAUAAUAAGAAACAUCACAAAUUGUGCAUUCUGUUUAAGUUUCCUCAUAGCAGAAUAAUUCAUUGAAUACACAAAUACAAACACAUAUAGGAAAGAUAAGUGUGACAUGAGUAAUACAGAGGAGAUGUCGAUUGUUUGAAAAAAUCAGGCUGAAGUUCAUUUGAAAACGUACGCACAUACACAGAUGUACGAUCCAUUUGUAAGGAAAAUAACACCGAAUUGAAUGCAUCGACACGCGCAUCACCUCACCCUAGUCAGCACGCUGUGGGAAGAAAGGGCUCUCUGACACAGAAUGUGGUGCCAUCGUGCUCCACUUUGCUGACAAGUGUGCCGUUGUAAACCAUGUGCUCGCCAGUAGAUGGCGGUGUACUUGAUUUUUAGUAUGCGUGCGCACAGUGCAUUUGCGUUGAUCCACAGCGGUCGAUAUUCCAAUAGAACCAACAUUCAGAGAAAUUAAAACGUAUUAAUAGCGAACAAUGCCCUCUGUGGAUCGACAUUCCUACCAAUGAUCUUUCGGUGUGUGCGUAUUUAUUUCAUUUGACUGAGAGAAUCACGAACGGUCUGCAAUGAGUAAAAUCUAGUAAGCGCCACCCACUGCCUAGUAUCUUCAAGAAACAAGAACAAAACAAAAUAUUACAAAAAAGUGACGAAAAUUAAACAAACUAAAAAAAGCAAAUAGGAAGAUAGAUUUGAAGAACAAGAAUACACAAGUACACUCAUCUGCCAACAAAAACAUCACAUCACCAAUUGGAUCAGUCAAUAAGUUGCUAGAUAAUUCGAAGCUCGAUUUGACACACAUACACACACAUUAGCCAUUGUGUAACGCUUUUACAUCUGUACGCAUGCGCUGCUGGCAUUCCAGGAUGAAAUAAAUCGUCAGCGCAUUCAAUAAGUCGUGCAACUAUUUACGACACAUUGCAUUGAAUGUCUAUUUAAAUUUGACUCAUUAUAAAGCUUUCUGUUGUCAUCGUAGAACUCAUUGAUCGAGCUCGGUUACCAUGGAAAUGGGUUCAGAACGGUUCACGUACACUUCGCCGGAAGCGAAACGAAACGGAACCACUCCUUGACGGCGUGCGAAGUCUAUCAAGACUGUUCUCCCGCAUGUUCAACUUCAUCAAUGUUUCCUCUGAUGCUUCGAUGAUUGUUGAGAAAUGUCCAUGCCGAUUUCGAUUGGACGCCAAAUGUCAUGCAACAAUUUGCUCCAUCAUUUCAUUUGUUGUCGUUUUUUCUCAGUGUACAAAACAUAAUGACAUCGCAUACACACGAAGACAAAUCUUUGAUUAUCGAUUAUACAACUAUUUUUCGAUAAAACACAAAUGUAAACAAAAAGAUUCACACACACACAACCGCGUAAAUUAAAGUUAUCUAGUAUAAAACUGUUUGAAAAUGAACAUAAGACAGUUUGUGAAUAAAGUUCAAACACUUGAUUGAAACAAUAUUCCUAGAGGCUUUUAAACGAAUGACGACGCCUGAAAAAAACGUCGUUCGAAGAAAAAUGUGUUUCUUGAAGCAUUGACUGAUAAAGCGAGCAAAUAAUUGUGCUCGUAGAGAAUGUCACUUGAAAUCGAACUGGAAAUUAUCCCGUAGUGUGACAUUUCAAAUCGACCAAAACCAACAAGACACAAACACACAAGAAUCGCUUGAACUACUGAUUGCACACUAACAUACCUACACGUACACAGAUAGGCCAGAGGAAAGUAUUUUUUGAAUUUUAAAAUGUUUAAUUUUCAUAAGAAAAAACAACCAUACUUCACACCAUCCUGUCUGAUUGAAGAUUACAUACAAAAAAUCUAACAUUUUCUUAAAAGCGUUUUUUAAUGAAAAUAAUCUUUGGGAGUAGAAAAAGAUUCGAAAACGAAGAACCAACUAACUUGAACAUCUCUAUCGAAACGAACGAACGAGUAUUGUAUUCAAAUGUAGGCAUCCGUUCUAUCAAUCGAAUCAACUUGUAUGUGAGUGUACUUUCAACAAUGCUGGAAACUUCAAAAUCCAUACAUUUUAAGGUAGAACUCUUUCACACAAACACAUACCCACGCGCUUCGCGUCCGCCGACAUCACCGGGGGACAAAUCUCCACACAACAAUCUAUACAUCAAAAUUCAAGAGCUAGUGACAAUUUAGAGCGGUGUAUUCGCACGAACGGAAAAAAAUGAAAAAUUAAGAGCCGCAAUGACAUUUGCGGAAACACACAAACAAAUGAGAACAUGAAGAGCAUCAACAAGAAUGAACAAACCGAAGGCGAGAUCGAAAAAAAAAAACAAAUACACAAGAACAAGCGAAGAUGAAGAAGAAAAAGAAGUGAGGAAGGAACAAGUAAUCACCAUUUUUACACAUUUUGAGGUAUCGAAAAAAGGAAAAAAGUUAGUCAUUAAGGUAACAGAAUAAUAAAAAUAUAGAAUACAAUUAACUUAUUAUGAAUAACAAAAUAAAUUAAUAAGAACAAAAAUAAAAACGAAA